AUACAUGAAGUUCAUGUAGUGGCACAAUUUCAAAAUGCAUGUUUGGAAGCUACUCUGAAGAUAUGAAGUAUGCUUCUUGGUAUUUUCUUAACAUACCAAGUAUGGAUCUUCACCUGCAUUUUUGAAGCUUCAGCUGAUUGGGAAUUGUCAUGCUAUAACGAGUCUAUGCAUAUACAUUGUGGCUCUGAAAAAACAAUAAUUAUUCAUGAAGCUCACUUUGGUUAUUUUCGUGAGAUUCUACUUAUAUCGAACUCAACCGAUCGUUGUCGUACACACAAUUCUCGAGAUUGUUGGGUCGAUGUGACAGCCAAUAUAUCUAGAAGAUGUUCUGGUCAUUCUGUAUGUAAAAAUUCCGUUCAUUAUUCAUCUGACUUGUCUGCUGAUUUGUUGGCGAGAGAAUGUUCUUUCAUAAUCGACAAUGCAGCUGAGCCAACUUUGUUCGUAGAGUAUGACUGUAUUUCAACAACUCUUGUAACACGUAUAUCUAAUGAAAAUCAUGUGGAUCCUGAACAGAUUGGUGGUUAUUUAAUCAGCUUAGAUUAUAAUGAAAUAGUAAAAAGUGGUUCAGAAUGGAGAAGUCACUUAGCUGAGGCAAUGUGUAAUCCCAAAUCAAAUCAUUUACCCCAUCAGUUCUAUUUACCGGCGCCCAAAAUCGCAGCAACCAAAUAUUCGAUUGAUGAUGAUGAUUCAUUUAGCAGCUACGGUGAAAGUGGUUAUCGUGAAAAUAAUCAUGAUCGUCUACUGAAUAAAGGCGAUUUGGCUACAUUUAUAUUACGGAUAAAAGAUAUAGGUUUGACUAAAUCAACCACAAAUAUGAAUGAAAUUUCAUCGGCUUUCGCUUCUUCAUCAUCCUCAUCUACUUCAUCAUUGUCAUCGUUAUCAAAUAAUAAUCAUAAUCAUCAUAAUAAUAAUUUAAUAUUGGCUACUGGAUCAGCAUGUCCAUCAAAUCCUGGAAUUGCAUGUAGUCAUGAUUAUUUAUCAGUCGAUGCUCGUAUCUCUAAUGUUUAUGAUGGUACAAUUAGCAAUAUACCAAUAAUUCGUUUUUGUUUAAUCAAUAAUUCCACAUUGAAAACAAUCGCUACAAAGACAAAAACAAAAUUAACAGAAAUACAAAUGACCAAUUCAUCAUCAUUAUCUUCUUCUUCUUCUUCAUCUUCAAUCUCCUCUGGAUCGUUUUCAUUUAAUUCAAUAGAUUAUAAUAAAUUAUAUCCACCAGAUGAAUCAUAUUUAGUUGGGCAAAUUUAUGGUCCAAUCAGUAAUGUAUACGGUUUACAGUUUACAUCAAAUUUAAAUUUAUUAGAUCCAUAUAUUAUUCAUGGAAAAGGCAUAGUGUUAGAAUAUAUUGCUCUUUUAUGUGUUCCCAUCAAUCCACCAAGUGGUAAUGGAGUAGUUGACUAUCGGUUCCGUGUAAAUCAGCAAACCUCUCAUACCUUCGCUUAUGCUGAAGUAUUCUGUCCAUCUGAUCGUUGGUUAGAGCCAAUGGAUCCAGACCUAGAUGAAAUCAAUCCAGCACAAUCAUCGUCGUCGUUUUCGUCAACAGAUAAUAGAUCAUCACUUAAUAAUAACAAUAUUCCUAAUCCAUGGUGGUUACAGCGUAGAAGACAUAUAACACUGAUUUGUGAUCAUCACGAACGUAAAUGGAUACCAAAUCGAUUGCCAGAAGCUUGUUUAACAUCUGAUGAACUUGCCACAUUUGUAGCACAGAUCACUAAAAAUGUACAAGAAAUUGAAAAAAACACAAAAUUAUCCUUGAAUAGUAAUCAAUCGGAUAUGAACAAUAGCAGUGAUAUGAUGUUGAAGACUUCGACAUCUAUCGACCAAUCAGAAUUAAAUACUACACAUUCAUCAUUGUAUUUGAAAGCCGCCAAUAAUAAUGAUCAAGUUACGCAUCUUUCAUCAGUUGCCUUAGGCUCUAUACUUGGAAUAUUAAUAUUCCUUUUGGCCACUCUUCUUGUUGUUUAUAGUCUAAGGCAUAAAUUAUUUGAACAUUAUCAUAAAACUAUUGAUCUAGCUGCAAUUUCAUCGUCGAAUCGUCUUGGUUCCUGUACAUUGGGAACAUUUAGUAGAUCUAAAGAUACUUUAUUAUUUCCAACAUGUAAAAAAUCUCUCAUGUCAUUUCAUAAUAAUAGUAACAACAACAGCAACCAUAAUCACACAAUUUUCAACAAUGGAAAUCUCUUCAAAUCUUAUCCACAUUUAUUGAGUCAUAAUACAAUCAAUGAAAGUUUCCCAGAUUUUCUGAAUACAGCACAACAACAACAACAACAAACAUUUUCACUUCAUUCAUCAACUGUUUCAGGUGUGAAUAGGAAACCGUCGAAUAUUGACUUUAUUACAGAUGGUCAUUUACCACCAUGGCGUAAUUCUUUUAUGAAAAGAAAUCAAAAAACUCCUACUGCUAUUUCAGCAUUAACAUUGGUACCAAAUACACCGAGUUCAGAUCGUCGACAGAUUAUGAACUCAUUACCAUGGCUACGGACAAAUUCCACAUCUCAUAUUAGCAGCAAUAAUGGUGCUCCCUCUUCCUUUAAUCAUAAUGCUAAUCAUACUAAUAGUACUACUAAUACUAAUAAGAAUAAUAACCAUUCAAGAUUUGGAGCAUCUAGUGAAACAAUUCUAUUUUCGUCAUUGAAUCCACCGAAUGGUAUGCCACGUUCAUGGUGGUUACCAUGGCGUAGAAGUAUGCGAAAAAAACGUCGAUUAUAUACACAGUUACAAAGACGUCAGGAAAUUCAAUCAUUAUCUCAACGUGGUCUUUUAGAAUCAUCUGGUAGUUUCUUAGGGAAAUCCACUCCACAACUACCAAAUAAUCGUCAUUUAAUGACAUCAUCAAAUAAUAGUGGACUAUUGGUCAAUGAUCAUGUUUCAAGAUUUGGUACAACUGCUGAACCAUCAUUACCUGCGAUACCUAUAUCAUCAUCGCCAUCACCAACAUCAACGUUAUCAAACAAGGAAGAAUUGAUUCAUCAACAUCCAUACUCAAAUCAUAUUUUUUUAAGAUCGGGAAGAUCUGGCAGUGAAAGAACACGACAAAGUACAAAGACGUUGAUCACGACAACAGACAACGGUAGUAAUUCCGGGAUAGUUAGCGCUUUAUACGCAAAUGAUGAUCAAGCGAAUUCACCAAUUUAUACAAAGUAUCCUAUGAAUUUGCCAAAUAAUAAUAAUAAUAGUAAUGGAGACAAUACAUCACCGUCUAUUUAUCCCAAGACUAAUUCGAAUAUACAAUCUAUUUCAUGGAUCAAUGUGAAUGAUAAUGAUUUACCAUGGAAAUUUACACCACCAAGUAGAAAUAGUUUUAGUAAUGGUAUUCGACGAUUAUCAUCAUUUUUUCGUAGUUUUAAUCAAAGUAACGGAUCAUUUACACCACCAAGAUAUCAUAAUAACAAUAAUGGUAAUGGUUAUGGAUUAUCUUAUAAAAAAUCAUCUUUAAGGUCUUCAUCAUUCAAUACAUCACGUACAGAGAUGAUGCCAUCAAUGCCAGUAUUACCUACAUUUAACUAUUUGACUACAUCAAAUAAUAAUAAUAAUAGUGGUAAUAUUGUACCAUUGACCAGUCAUUAUCCGGUCAAUAAACAACAUUUUGAUUCAUUUCGAUUAAAUGGUCGUCAUGUUACUCAUCCGUUGAUGCAACCAGCUUUGCAAUCAAUGUCAGAAUCGAAGGAUUUACACAGAAAACAUAAUUAUAUCGAGAAUAUGUGGAGUACUCAAACAGUAAAACCAUCAUUAUUUCAUCAAGAUGCUUAUCAACAUCAAAAUCAUCAUACUAUGUAUAGCAGUGGAGAUGAACACACUACCAUCAAUGAUAUGUUAUCACGUCACACAACAAAAACUAGUUUACAAGGUAGUAGUCGAAUAGAUUCCUUACUAUCCACAGAAUUGAUUGAUUUAUGCAACAAUAACAAUGGGUGUACUAGUAGUAGUAAUAAUAAUAAUAAUAUUGUAAAGAAUGAUCCAUUGGCUAAAUUAAAUUCUACUUCAGUGACAGUAAAACAAACAGUACCGAAUUCAAUGUACAAUAGUUCAUUAAAUUAUAAUAAAUUUGAUUAUAUUGAAAAAGAUGAAUUAAAUCAUUUACCAUAUCUAACAACUGAUCCGUAUUUGGAACCUGUUUCAUUGAAACGGAGACAACAACAAGAAAAACAACCGGAAAAUUUGAUAAAUACACAGAAAGUCAAUCUCUUUGAUCAUUAUAAUGAUAUGGAUCUCGAUAGAGCAGUGAAUGAAAAUGGUGAUUUAAUCAAAUUGAAUAAAUGUGAUCAACAUCGUGCAGAUCAUAGUGGAACAAGUUCAGCAAUUAGUUCAUUAGUAUUCGCUGAUGAUUCUGAUCUUUCUAAAGUGUCAGAAAAUUCAAUAAAAAGUCGAAAAUCUGAUCAAUAUAGUUCAUUACACUUGAUCACAUCACAAACUGUAUCACCUAUUGAAACUAAUUCAAUGAAUAAUAAUCCUGCAAUAGAUGUUACAACGGUUAUUACCAAUAUUUGUACUACUAUUACUACUACUACUUCUACAACCAACAUUUCAAUUCCUACUGCUACAGCAUUUGUUUCUAACAGUGAUGACAUUGUUGCUAUACCUCGAGUGAAAAACCCAAAUAAUAUUGAUUAUGUAACUUAUGAUGAAACACGUUCGUAUGAUAAGAAAAAUAACCGAUUUACACUGAAUAAAAUUACUGGAAAACAACCAUAUUCAAUUGAUUCUGACCGUAAUCCGUUGAAUACAGAUAACAAACUUGUAGCUGGAACACUAACAGUUGCAUCAGCAUUGUUGUCAUCAGAUCACGAAGUCCAACGUAGAAUCAAUACAAUGAAAGGUGAUUCUGAUUCACGCCCAUUAUCUGAUGCAAUGAUUAGCAAUCAUUAUUAUGAUUUAAAUCGUAAUAUAAAUUAUCAAGAAAUAUCAAUGGAAUCAUCAUUACAAGAAGAGGAAAACAGGGAUUCUAAUCAUCAAUUAUUAUACAAAUCUCAUCCACCAUUACCACCAUUAUGGUCUAAUAAUAAUAAUAAUCAUAUGCAACAUUUUAAUAAAAGCCACAUUAUUACUGCCACUACUACUACUAAUAAUAAUAAUGAUAGUAGUAAGAGAAAUUUCGGUUCAAUCGAUUCAUUAUAUGAAACAGUGGAUUUGCCUAGAACUAAUUUACCGACCUCACUGUUAACAUCGACAACAAUGAACAUAACGAUAAUAUUCAUAAUAAACAACGAUAUUUUACAAACAAUUUAUAUUUUGGUGCAAUUUAAUACAACAAAAACAACAACAUUUCAUGGAGUUCGGAAAUAUUGUCAAUAGCGAACAUUUACGUCAACAUCGACGUAGUUGUAUGGCAUUACCGCCAACACCAUCAUCUUUAUUCAAUGUAAAAGCACCAAUACGUUUAAUCGGUGAAAUGGAUGAUUGGAAUUUGCCUAGUUGUUCUGAUGAUUCGGAAUAACUUAUUUAUGAUUAAGAGAAAGGAGAAGUCAAUGAGAAUUCUUGUAUAGAUCAAAGAUUUUUAAUGAAAAUAUUCAAUUUGUAAGCGAUUUACAAUGAAAACCAAUCCAUUCUUUAUUUAUUCCCAGCUUCAUUGUGAUACUUCCGUAUCACAGUAUUAAUUAAAGGAACUUCCGUUCACAGUGGAAACUGCUUCCGAGUUUUUACUAUGAGCAUUCAAAUGAUGAGUUUUGGAAAACAUUGAUAAAAAUGUGUAGUUUGUUUCUCUACAAUUGUAUUGUACCAUUUACCAAUGUCAUAUGCAUGCACGCUGUUUGGCUGAAGAUAUUCAGUGAUCUUUCUGUAUUCCAUUGAGGUUAUGUUCCAAGAAAUGUUAACAUUCAGUAGCAAAAUCUCGUUAAUGGUUUUGGUUUACCAAUGUGCAUUCGGAUAUAAUGGUGAUUCUUCUGUGUGUAUGUUACUAUCUUGAAACGCCAUAUUCUGUAGCUUCUUUUCAAAAUGAUAUUCUACAGACUUCCAUGUUAUAUAAAACUUGCUAAUGCUGGUAAGAAAUGGAGGAAAUAAAGAUCUUCGUAGCAAAACUAUUAGUCUGAGUUCAAUCUGUGUUAGCGUAUUUCAAUGAUUGUCUUAAAUCAUUUAGUGGUGUAAACUUUGAAAAGUCAACAAUCUUCUAGUGUGAUUAAUUCGAAAACUAUUCAGUUUACUCCAAAGAAUAGUGAUAUCAAUAAAUGAUUUCUUUCUGCUUUUGUUCUUUGUUUCCUCAUUCUGUCCGAAUGCAUUUCCCAUCAGGAUUACUCCAAUUAUGUUCUACUCUUAGAUCGACUUUUCUUAAAAUGCAUUGUCAAAAGGAGCCCAGACAUUGGUACCAUUCAAAAAGACAUGAAUUUCAUUCGGCUGUUCAAACAUAAAACCAUGUCAUCUGCUGACAAUAAAUUAUUCACAUAUACCUCUUUCCAUGAUCCAGACCAUAUAUAUUACUAUUUCGUUAUAUUCUUAAACAGAUUGAGAAAUCUUUCACUGAACUGUAAGUGUCUUCCAACAAUACACUUCGUCACUCACUCCCUUUCUCUCUCCUUAUAGAUAAAUUCUCAGUAUGUUCUUCACUUGAUAUUUUUUACUUUUUUGACUGUAACAGAAUACUUCUAUCAAUCUCUUUUUUGUUUAAAUGAACAUCACUUUCAUUCAUUGAUAUGUAUAGCUAUGAAUAUGGACGUAUUCCUUUUCGAUGAUGUUGUCUUCUCUAAAGUAGUUAGGUUAGUUACGAAGCUUUGAAUAUUCUUUGCAAUUGAUCCAUUCAUUUGAAAUAGUAUGUAUGACAACUGGUUGGAUUCAACUGAGCUACCGAUUUUCGCGUUAUAAAUGUCCAGUUGAAUUUUCAAUUUUGGUAACACAUACACACACACACACAACGUACUCAAUUCACACUUGCCGUUUCUACAAUUUCUUUCAUUGAAACUCAUCUUCACACCUUGUACAUUUUUUAAUGCAUAGAAUCUAUAAAAUCAAUAUCGUACACAUAUCUCCUACGGUAAACUGCAUUCAGUGGUUUGUUUUUAAACACUACCAAAGUGACAUUUCACGUCUCUGUUUUACUUACUUACAAUUCCUUUGUUAUAUAUACAUUACACAUGUACACAGAAAAUAACUUUGACACUAAUGCAAUUCUCUCCUCGUUAUUUUGUACGACAAUACUAAAUUAUGCUUGUCCAUUAGAUAAUUAUAAAUAAAAAUCCAGUUUCUCUAU